AUGGCCAAGUACUUUGACAGAAAUGGCGCCAUUAACCAUGCCCCGAAUGUCACCGAGUGUAUCGUGGUACUUUAAUUGUCUCCUUUUAUAAAUCGAAAUAUUAUAAGUCGUUGCUAAUUUAGGAAUUCCUCUUUUGGUGGAGGGCUUCCGUGUUAGAUUAAAUUACAGAACACACCAACGAGAAAGGGUAAAUCUUUGCAAUUAUCGGCUCAAUGACUGACCAACGUUCAUGUUAAAGUCGGUUUAUCUUGGGGAAUUUUUCGUUUUUGUCAAGAAAAAGUUAUCAAUUUUGUUGAAUUUCGGUAGCAUAAACACACUCGUAGUUCAAAGUUAACAAAGGCACACUGCAAUAAUAAAUGAUGGAACUGCAAUAACGUAAGCGCUUGAGAGAAUGUUCCACAGUUUUAUAGAUGACCUUUGGCGGCAUUUGUGGUGACAAAUUCUGCGUUAUCCGUAGAGUGCAGUAGGCACCCGUCAAUAUUUUUAUGUAGGCGUUGGAAUAGGAAGAAUCGUUAGAAUUCCCAUAGCAGUAUUCAGAAGACGAGGUGGCGAGCAAACGUUGCUUUCGAUAACUUCUCUUCAGUUAUAACCUGUGGAGCAGGUUACACUGGUCGUACGAGUCGGCGUCCUUCCAAAAGUAUACGAGAGCACCUUCCUGCAUGGCUGGCAAAAAGCAAAACUAGGAGAAUAGACAGCGCCACCCUUGCGCAUGCAGUGGAUUCAGGACAUCGUGUGGACCCCGCUGAAGCAUUUCGUGUGACUUACAAGGUCCCCUCGAGCUACCCUAAGCUACUGGGCCAACGCCUGUUGGCAACAGCAGAACCGGCCGCCAUCAGAUUACGAAAAACCGACCCUAUGCGCCCAGAAGAACCUCGUCCAGGCUCCAUGCUUACCGUGAUCAAAGGCUGACUAACCACAUACAGCUUUCUGCGCCCUUCCGGUCUUGCCUAGUCUGCAUUUUUAAAACUAACUUUUAUCGAUUUUUUCAAUCACUGUACCCCGUUCACAUAUAGCUGUACCGGCCUGAAGAGAAGUUAUCGAAAGCAGCGUUUGCUCGCCACCUCGUCUUCUGAGCAGAAAGAAUUCUUUCCGUAUGGUGAUAAAGCCACUAGCAUAGAACAUAGUCUCACAUUUAUUCGCUAGUGUGACCAGUUUUGUUUUGAAUGAGUACACCUAAGCCAAUAAAUGUAAAUCAAAACAAACAAAACUCAAAAUUCCCAUGCUGCACUUUCCUAUCAGUUUUCAACCACAAAGGAAAACAAGUAAUCUUCUUUAGAAUGGGUUAUGGAAGUUCAAUUUCACGAAUGCGUUCCAAAGAAUUCUGCGUUUUAUAAUUUGUGAGUCUAAAUAGGGGAGCAUUUCGGGUUUUCAUUGCCUAGUUUGCAGCAUCUAGGAGGCUCUUUAAUGAUUUUUCCUGCAUGUAUGAACUUCAGGAGUCUGCUUUUUACCCACGAGGUGCGUCGAUGCACUCCAACAAAAAUCUCUUAUAAAUAGUGAGAUUUCGACCAUCGUAGGGGACCAAGUCUACUGCUUCUCCCAUGGGGAGGCACAGCAUCGUUUAUUAGCGCGUGAGUUAGUUUAUGCCAUGCCAAUAUCAGCAAACCAUGGGCCUCGCAGCCUGGUAUGCGCUAGCAGUUCCCUCACACAUGGUCCCCUGCCGGUAGAUGCGCAUGCGCGGCCGCUGGGUACACAGGUGGUGGACAUGGCUGCCCAGUCAUCAUCGUCCUUCUUACCCCUGUUGGGGUGUUGCUGUUGGUUAGAAAUCCUGGUCAAGGGUAUGCUGAGGACCAAGUGGUGUGGAGUGGAGCGGUAAGGUGCGGGUCCGGCCGUGCCAGCCACCUGCGCCCUCUCCCGUCUCCAGUCUUCCUGACUUGGUCAUGAUGCCGGAUCCUGACGGGGAGGAGAGAGUGCGGUAGAUGCUGUGCAAGUCCACUCUCACUAUAAACUAAUUCAUGCGCAAAUAUUCGUGCCUGCUGCACCUUGUCAAGUAGCAGACGGUGGACAUCGUGGGGGUCGACGGUCGAGCUGUCGAGUUAGUUUAUAGUUGGGCAGACUUGUGAAGCAUCUGUCACACACCCUCCCUCGCUCGGCGGACUCCCAAGACAACAUGAUAUCGAGACUUCCAUAAGUUGCCUCAGCUACAAUAGCUAACAUAGCUAAGUAACCCGCCUACCCAUGCAGCGCGCGACCUGGCCUCCGUACAACCACACCACAAAGGAUUCCUUGAAAUUCAACCUGCCUUCACGAGUCAGUCUUCCCAUACACACGACAGUCCGAUCGUCGUUGCCGACGAUAUCCACCAUGUGCUCCACGUCAGGGUAGAGCAGGGACGCGGUCUUGUGCGUGAAUAAGUUCAUAGUGUUAGUGGACUUGCACAGCAUCUACCGCACUCUCACCUCCCCCGGCGUCAAGACAGAGUCAAGAAGACUGGAAGUAGGGGAGGGCGCAGGUAGGUGGCGCAGUCGAGCCUGCACCUUGGCGCUCCGCUCCACACCCCCUGGCCCACACAGCAAAUGACCAGGAUUUUAACCAACAACAAUGGUGGGAGGGGGGCGGGGGUCCCAGUGUGCGCGACGUCUGCCGGCAGCCGGGCCUCUCGCCACACCCGAAAUGUUGACAUUUAUUAUGGUGGGCAAUCCGAUAACGUCUGCCAGCGUCCAAUAUGGCCUCCAUUUUGGUCCAGCGGAUCUACCACGUGGCCCGUUUGGGGGACGCAAUAAUGAUCACGGGACCGAGUUGUCGAUCAUUUGGAAAAUUUUCAAGCCGCGACGCCGUUAACGCAUCUUGACAAAUUUAUUCUAAUGAGGAGUGCGCUGAUUUUCCGUGGAGAUCUGAGACAGUUCAUAUUGACCGAUCUGUGACAAACUCGGCGCCUCGGUGGAAUUUGAACCCACGCAGAAAGGUGAAGGCUUUAGUACAGUCAACGCUCUAACCACCUGAGCUACAAGGCCCCGCCGGAAGACUCGAAUUUAAUCACAUUUGGGUCCAGUUUACCCGCCCAACCUACUGCAACGUCUGGAAUCCACCAAAUCUGAUACAGUAAGUUGACUGCCCAGGCAGGAUUUCCUAAGUAGUUCACCUAUAAUCCACCAGAUGACUACCGGGCUCAAGUAAUUCAUAGAUAUUUUGGCAGAUUUUGAAUAAUUCAUAAUGACCCAACUGUGAAAAACUCAGCGCCCCCGUGGGAUUCGAAAACACGCAGCAAGGGGAAGGCUUUAAUACAGCCAACGCGUCGUCCGGCGAGGCCUCGUAGCUCAAGUGGUUAGAGCGUUGGCUGUAGUAAAACCUUCUCCUUAAUGCGUUUGUUCGAACCCCUCCGAGGCGCCGAGUUUUUCGCAGUGGGGUCAAUAUGAAUUAUUCAAUAUCUGCCAAAAUAUCUAUGAAUCUGAGACAGUACUUUCGUGUUUGUGUGGAAACCUGGUUUAUCAUUCGUGGUCCCGGCGUGUGUGGUAUGUGCAGACGGAGUGCUUAACUUUGUCAACCAAUGCUCCAGAUAUUACCCCCCUCUUCUUAGCUCCUUUGACACCGGGCUUAGACGGGUGGGGGAGGCGAAAGUGAGGUAGAUGCGGCGCAAGUCUACCAUCACUGUAAACGGACUUACGUGCUAGUCACCGUCCCUACUCCCACCCCGUCAUGGAGCACACGGCGGACAUCGUUGAUACUGACGACCGAGCUCUCAUCCUCUAGAACAUGUGAUUGAAUUAAUACAAAUCUAGCGGCGUUUAGGAAACAAACGCAUUUAUUCAAAUGUCAGUUUUUCCUACGUCGAUCUGUGCAGAUGCAUGAGAACCUGCUCGUCUAAGACUCACUAUGUUGAAGUCUACAAAUUGAUAUUGUAUUGUUCUCCAGGCUAAGCAGUAGGCAGCUGCGUUUGUUUACUCUUUACACUUGUAAAACAUAUUUAAAUGACGCAUCCCAGACUUUUGAGAAAUAGUAUGUGCAUGAUUUAUACAGUGCUGCCAUCCUUUAUAACACAAGCACACCUCAGGCUAUAGUGCUAAUUUUAGAACAUCCCGCCAUUUUGCGAUGAAGCCGCUGUCACUGAACUUUAGGGAAAGUGUCAGUUACUUUCACUUUCAUCUUUUCAAACACGCCUAUCCCGAAUUACGGCAGCCUCUCCGUCAGAGUUGUCUAUUUCCCCGUGCCGUGAAGCAGAAGUAAACAAGGCUGAUUAGAGAGCGCUGUUUACGUCGAUCGUCUGAGAAGCCUAUUUGACGGUCUCGGUGCGCGCUGCAAAGGGUCAUUUGUCUUCUAGACGGACGCAAUGCUUCUGGCGCCUCUUUAGCUUUCGUAGGCUUGCUUCGACUGAGGCUAGCCGGUUGUGCUUUCUCCUCUGAGGCACCAAUGAGAGUUGAGCACUGGAAAAGGAGGAUGAACGAGAUCUCCAUGCAUUUUGUAACUGCGCCAGGAUUGGGUGCUUCUUUGGCUGGGCUUGCACUUUCAACAAGCGUUUAAGUGCGAGUGCGUCUUUAGGCCUCCGGCAAGCUCGAGAGGCACACACAAAAUGAAUCUGACAGGGAGCAUCCGUCUCAGGUCGCGACGGAUCAGACUCAGCUUGCUUUUCGCAGUCCUCCUCCUCGUAGUUUGCUUCACACUCAUUAGAAAGUUCUCCUCGCUCUCCAUUGCACAGACCCCCGCCACCUUCUCGCCAGGUCCACUGUCAGUAGACGGGAUGGACGUAUCACCUGACCCGAACAUAGAGCGCUGGUGGAAGUCUACUUACAGGCGACCGUUCACCAUUAGACCACCAAGAGUUAAUCGAAGUAUAGGGCCGGAAGAGAGGUUUUUGUGUCCUCAAACAAUUUCGAAAGUGGAUAUUUUGAAUACUGAUAUUUUCCAGGAAAAUUGGAUCCGAAUUCCCAGUACUCUGACCUUUGCGGAUCUGGCGAACAUUGAGGAUGCCGACUGGAGGCUGCCGAUCAAUCCGGCGGUUUUCGAUCUCUAUCCUCAGGCUGUGAAUCUGAAGGAAUUAUUGCAGCUGGUGAAGCGAGACCGCAUAUCGCCCAUAGUAAGUUUUUUUUCGCAAACUCGUGUCAUUAACGUAGUAACAUCAUGCAUAUGUUAAGGGUAUCCGUAUGUCCAUAUCCCAGUCUUCAUCGGUUUUAGACUUAACUUUCAAAAACACUUAAGGGCGUUGUUUCGGGAUAAAAUCAACCAUGUCCUACCCUCAAAAACACCAGGGCCCCCCUACCAAAUUGAAGACCAGUAUGCGAUUAUCGGCAGUAAUUUCACAAAUGGCAUACCAUACUGAAACGUGGUGAUAGUGUCCACUUACAUCCUGCACACAUCUGCUCAGAGUAUUCAAGCCGUUUUCGACAUUUGGAUGGGGUGUUUCUUGAAAAUUGACUGAUACCUCUGGUUGUGCUUUCGAUAGGAGAAUAUUUCUAGUUUUUAAUGGUUUAUUAAUUAUGCGGCAUAAUGUCUGCUUAAACCUUGUGUGAUAGCGUCGAUUACUACUUUAUAAAGUUUACACUAAUGACAUUUUUGAUAAUCAUGACAGACAGAUUUCAGUAGCAUGAAUUUUUCCGCCGAUCAUCGACAUUUGUUUAAUUUUAGUCUAUAUGCCAUGUCCAUAUCGGCGCUCCAUAUCAUUUGGAGCGCCGAAUGAAUGUUCUUGCUACCGUUCAGCUAAGAAUAAUAGUCGUAAGGUGCUUUUAACCUGAUUGGCAUGAAUAAACCGCUAGCAAUCUACCUCAUAAAACGUCAGCCGAAAUACCGCAAUAUGUAUUCGCUUAGAAAGUGUUACUUCGGAAGGGUUGUAGAAUUCACUAUCAUGCGGCAUAAUCUUAAAAUAUUUCAGUCACGCCAGGAUACUGGUUUUCAGUCUUGCUUCUUUUCGGCCGCUGCGGAAACCACACUCAGUUAAAAGUGGCUGACUAAUAAGUAUGCAAGUUUCCAUUAACUUUCUAUGCACUUAUAAAAUGAAAUACAUUUUCUAGAAGGUAUUCACAAAAUAUCCCCUCCUGUAUUCAUUUGGUAGGAAAUGAAGUUUUCCUCAGAAUUUGUAUUCAGAGAGAGUGCAAGUUUCUCUUUCAAUAGGCAACAACGAUGCGAUUUCCAGAACCGUGCAACGUCCACUCAAAUAGCGUCGUAUUUUAUGUUUAUUAAUGCUUGUUAUGAAGUACACAGCGUAGUCAGUAUGGUGUCUUACUGGUGGUUUACAGCAGUAAAUGGUUCUCCUAGUGUAAAAAGUGUAUAGCUUGUAGUAUUGAAGUCCUAAAUGCAAGUGUGACGAGAUGUUGGUUUCAAAACAAUCGAAGAAUAUAAAAACUUUGAAAUCUACGGCUGCCAUUUUAAAGUAGAAAUUUUGAAAAAGACCUGAUUCUCUACUAAAUGAAUAUGAGGAGAGAUAUGUUUAUGUAUGUUUUCCAUAAAACAUGUUUGCAACUACAAGGGCAUCGAAAGAGAGCGAAAAAUUCGCAUUGCUUAAAUAAGUAUUACCAAGUGUAUUCCUUCAUGAGUAACCGGAAAGAAGCACAUUUAAAACCAGCACAUUGAUGUAACUGAAUUAGGCGGCCUAAUAAUUACUUUCAGAACUCCAUCUAAGCAACCUUAUCUCAUCGAGAAACAUCCUGGGAUUUUGAUUAAAAUUUUAUGGAGUAGGUCGCUUAAAACUAAAAUAAGACUUAAUGCGUUGCUGGGAUUCAUAUCAACAGCCUUUGAACCAUCUGCAUAAGCAGCUUCUCCGAAAAUGACUGCCCACUUAGCAUAUACUUUACAAUUAUUUCCUGAUGCUCAUUUAGGUUCCGUCCUUGCGCAGAUGUCGAGGACUCGCGCUCCUUGUACAUCUCAUAGGAAACAGUCUCUCCCAUGUCUUAUGCCCGAUAGAAGAAGCGUUUCGGUUUUUGAAAAGGCCAUAUUUAUGUGGCACUGGUACGAGUAAUCGCACAAUGUAGUAUCUUGUAAUAUGCAAUAUCUUUAUUUUGUAAUCGAUACCAAUUUCACCAUCUCAAGAGUAAUAAAAAAAUUUAACACCGAAGCAUAUACUGUCUGAAGACGCCCAUAUGACUAAACGACUUCCAGAAACAUUAACCCAGUCUGAAGGAAAUAUUUCAGUGGGGUUGCAUGGCUAAUUAGCAGGCGACAACGUCGCGAGCCUAUCCAUACGCAACAGAAUAGUGACAUCAGGACGCGAAUAUUUGGCUGGGUAGCUUCAAAGAUUCCAUUUGAUGUAAAUGACUAUGGAAAAACGAGUGUUUUUAAACUAAUUUUCGCUGCCCACGUAAGUGAAACCAUGUUUUUCUGAAAGAUUACAUUGGGGAUUUAUUGCUCGGGAGUUACGACUCCGAGCAAGUCCGCCUUUCGACAAACGUAGCCCAAGCGUCUAGCCAUAAAGCGAAACCAAGGAGUUUAUCUAGGUGUUAAAGAGUAUUGGGGCCCAUGGUGCGUGUGAUAUGCAGCGCAAUCACAAGUAGCCAGAAAAUCAUUCAGCAAAAAUUGGGGUUUUCGAGGUUUUCAGCAAAACCUAAUAAAAGGAUUUAACUAUUUUGGCCGGUGGAUAAACCCUCCUGUUCUGGAAAAUUAGCUUUCAAGUGGCAAAUAAAAGUCAACUCGGAAAUUCGCCUUCAUUUAGGGGAAAAGUAUAUGCUUACCUGCACAAGGGGCACAGUCAUAGGAAUGUUCUGCUCUAUCCGGCGGUGUGGCGUUUACAUGUCUUCAAAUUUCAGAGUAGAAGGACAUAGUACAGACGAAAAACACGCUUCUAUUUCAUUUCUGGUAAUGAUAGUUGAUUUAUAAAAAUAUACUGAAUUGUCUGCGGACGGCGUAAAAGUCGAAAACCUUUCGCAAACAUUUCAACCAUGUUUUGUAAUUGAGGAGACUAGCCGCAAAUUCUUAAAUUGAGAAAGGAGUCCGCAAAUAUUAGACUUUAUAAUUUAUUGCGGGGAGUCUGAAAGUCCAAAAACUUGCAUACAACUCCAUCCACCUGCACAAGUCUACAACACAUAUCCCUAUAGAAUGUGUGCAGUAAGUAAACUUCGUAUAUAAUUUUGUAGGCGUUGACGGCACGCCCAGGUGCGGCUUCGGCCGUGCCAGCCUCCAAAUCUAUGUUGUGUUGGUUCAAAUCCUGGUUAUUGUUGUGUGGACCAGGGGGUGUGGUGGAACGCCAAGGUGAGGAUCCGUCCGAGCCAUCCACCUGCGGCCUCCCUCGUCUCCGGUCUUCUUGACUCUGUCUUGACACCGGGCCCAGGCGGGGGAGGAGGAGAGAGUGUAGGUAGAUGCUACGCAAGUCUACUGGCACUAUAAACCCCUGCGUAAGUCACCGUCCCUGCUCCCACCGCUGCUGCAGCUGUGGGGCACACGGUGGACAUCGUCGAAAUCGACGGUCGAACUGUCAUAUAAUUUUGUAGACAAUAUAACCACACCUAUACUUAUGACGCAAGAACGGAGACGGUUAUGACAGAUUCUUUCACGUAGGUACCAAGGCCUGCCUACCAAUGUGCAGAUAUGACAUUGAAUGGAGUGUAGUUGUCGUAAAUGCCAGUCAGUAGAAUCAAGGGGGAGUUUAUGACCAUGAGUCAUUUGGUGUCUUACAGUUAGGACAGCCUACCUUUCACAAAACUCGGUGACCAUGGUCUGACACGAGUAAAAGAUGGAGCGCUGCACCUGGCAACGCUCAGUGGCUAAAGACUUUCGGUUCGAACCCCAGAUCCCACAAGGUUGGGGUUGAUUAUGACUGGACUAAAAAAUGGCCAUCCCCGUCUCUCUUGUCUGUAGCAGUACUCCUGUCUCCGAUUCCGGGCCACCCACCCGCCAGCACUUGUCCUGUCUUGCUACGGUAGAUGUAGCAUCUCUUGAAAUGUUCACUGAAAGUCUAGAAUGGGUUUCUUAUUCUAACAGACUACUUCAGUAGGGUUGCAGUAUUAAUUAUCAUACAGCAUGAUCUAAAGACACUUCAGCCACGCCGGCUUUUUAACGAACAUCUUUCCGACCGCCUGUAAAAAACUACUUAAACAGGGCGGUUUUAUUCAUGUUUGUCUUCAACAUCCUUAGGAAUUCAAACAUAUUUUAUAAAAAAAACAUGCAUUAAAAUAUUCUUUUUAGUAUUCAUUUCGUAGAAAACUACGCCUUCUUUAUAUUUUAUGUCUAAGUAAAGGGCUUCUUACGGUUUUAACAAAGCUUCUACUUAUAAGACAUUUCAGACCGCGCAAUUUCAAAUCGUUCAGCCUCACAUCAGCACGUUAAUAAGCGCUGUUUAUGAAUUGGACAAUACGGUUAACAUCCAUUUUAAAAUUUUGUGAGCCCUAUACGACGUCUUUUAGACAGCCCAUAGAAAUUUAUCAUCUUUCCUACACGAAAAGUAUGCAGCUCGUAGUUUGAAACGCCGAAUGGAAGUGUAACGGCAGGUCGGGUAUAAAAGUGUUCGCAAAUCAAAAGACCUUCUAUGGCCGAAUGAUACUCUAUUUGAAAAAGGCGUAAUUCGCUCCAAAAUUAAUAAAGGAAUUUCCUGGUUCAUGCUUUCUGAAAAAAUCAUCCAAAUUUAUAAGGGCAUAUAAAAUACAUGGAAAAAAUCGUACUACUUAAGUAGGUACUUUCGGGAAAUUAGUUUAUGCAGGCGGCCGAUAGGAAGCAUUUCCGAAAACCGGCACUCUGUCGUGACAGAAACAUUUUGGUAUUAUGCUGCCUGGUAAUCAAUAUGACUUUGCUACUUAAGUAGCCUUCGCAAAUUUUGAUUAACAUUUCAUGAGACAGCAUAUCAACUGUGCUUUGUUCCCGUCAGCCGGCUGUUUCACUAAAGCACAGCCCCAGUCUAUCAAUAAGUUCAACGACACCCCUACUCCAUAUUCCGUGCUGA